UUGAAUUUGAAGAUGACUACUGCGUUAUAUUUUCCAAUUUUCCUUUUUCCUUUCAUUUUUGGUCCAGCGUCACGGAAAUGACACCUUCCCUCCCUCUCUUCCUCUUCCUCUUCUUCUUCUUCACAAUCGUGUGGUAUGAUCUUCCGCUAUGUUUCGGCGACGGCACCGGCGAUGAAUUUAAAGCUUGCGAUGUCUAUUACAACUGCGGAGAUUUGGUAAACAUCACGUAUCCGUUCUGGGGGAAUGAACGGCCGGAAUUUUGCGGACGGCGAGAAUUCGAGCUCAAUUGCAAAGACAACAAAACCACCACGAUGGAAAUCAGCUCUAUAGAAUUUCACGUUCUGAACAUCAGCCGAUCCAAACAUACAAUGACAAUCGCAAGAUCGGAUCUCCGAACUGAUUUCUGCCCUAAAAUCGAAAUCAAAACGACGACGAUUGAUUAUCGUCUCUUCAAGUAUUCUUUGAACGAUCUGAAUCUCUCUGUCUGGUACGAUUGCCCGCUGAUACCUGGAAUUCUCGACAAUUACAGAUUCACGUGCGGAUCGGAGGAGGGGGAAAUACGAGGGAGAGCGAAUUACGCUUUCGAAACGGAAGCGCUGAAUCGGAGUAGAAACAUGAGCGAGUGUAGACUGAACAUCGAAGUGACAAUUACAAAAGAGGUAUUCGAAGAAACACACAAGAACAGAACGAUGGCGGUGGAGCAGGGUGUGAAAAGAGGGUUUGAUGUGGAAUACGGGGAUUUCUACACGGUGGCGUGCGAGGGGUGCAAGGAAUACGACGGCAAGUGUGGAGGAAAUGCCACCCAUGAGUUUUACUGCAUUUGUGGAAGUGGAGACAUAAAUCCUUACGUUUGCAGGCCUAAUCUUCCUUCUGAUCUAAAUCAAUCAGAUCCUGGACCGAAAGACAUAAUAGGUGCAACUACCAUCAUUUUCUCUAUUAUUAUCAUCAUCUCCAUCUACUACAAGAGAAGAAGCAUCUCAAACAACGACAAAAUUGAGGAAAUUAUAAGGAAAUAUUCCACGCAAACACCCAAGCGAUAUACUUACUCAAAGCUGAAGAAAAUCACAGGCUCUUUCAACAACAAGAUUGGCCAAGGAGGGUUUAGCUCUGUCUACAAAGGAAAGCUACCCGACGGCCGCGAUGUGGCUGUGAAGCUUUUGAAUGAAUCCAAAUCAAAUGGCGAAGAAUUUAUGAACGAAGUUGUUAGCUUCGCCAAAACUUCCCAUGUAAAUAUAGCCACACUCUUAGGUUUCUGCUACGAGAGGAACAAAAGAGCUUUGAUUUAUGAUUAUAUGGCUAAAGGGUCCCUAGAUAAGUACAUUUCCAGCAACAGGAUUCAAGAAAAGGGCGAGAAGUUGGAUUGGAACACACUCUACAAUAUUGUCAUCGGCGUGGCACGAGGCUUGGAGUACUUGCACCGUGGCUGCAACACAAGGAUCUUGCACUUCGACAUCAAGCCACACAACAUACUCUUGGAUGAUGAUUUCUGCCCCAAAAUCACUGAUUUCGGGCUGGCCAAGCAAUGCAGGGCCAAGGAGAGUCAUGUGUCGAUGACAUGUGUGAAGGGGACAAUAGGGUUCAUAGCGCCAGAGAUAAUAUUUAGGAAUCUUGGCAAAGUUUCUCAUAAGUCUGAUGUUUAUAGUUAUGGGAUGUUGGUUCUUGAGAUGGUGGGUGAGAGAAAGAGUCCCAAUCAAGGAGUGGAGCAGAGCAGCGAUGAGUACUUUCCUGAUUGGAUAUAUAAGGAUCUUACACAAAGUGAAAUUCAUGGGGGCUGUUGGUGGGGAAACACAGAGGAAGAAGAAGAAAUGGCAAGAAAAAUGAUCAUUGUGGGGUUGUGUUGUAUUCAGACAUUGCCCGGCGACAGACCGUCGAUGACCGAUGCGGUUUCGAUGUUGGAAGGCAGUGUUGAUGGCUUACAAAUUCCACCAAAACCUGACUUGUUCGGACCUCCUGCCACUAAUCUACUCCAAGUUGCUGCUGCUGCUGCUUCUUCUUCUUCGACCUCGUACUAAUGGCACUAGCUUUUCCUUCUGUCUCUGAAUUCCCAAUGCUUGUCUGAUACACCAGCAGAAGCAGCACAUGAGCAACCAUUUACCCGUUUUAAGUCUCUCAAACUCAAUAUCUUUUUUAUAACAAUGGAUUCAGUGUGAGAUUCCAUGUCGGUCGAGGAAGAGAACCUGUGUUGAAACUUCUCCUUAACAUA